GAAGUCUCUAAAAAUAUACAAGUUUCACUUUCGAUUUAAUGUUCUGUAGUUAAUGAGCUGCUAUAUUAGAAGUCUCUCCCACCACCACAAGUUCACACCAUCACCAUUACCAUUAGUCUCCUCCCUCCCCAUCUAUAAAUACAGAACCACACAUCUGUCUUGUCUUGUCUCUGAGUCUCAGAAUCUUAUCAACAUCUUAUAUCCAUUCCCGCAUAAUAAUUUUCUUUUAAACACAGGAAGAAAGAGAUGGCCAGUGUUGUUAAGGUUGCCACACUCUUCUUGGUAGCCCUCCUCCUCUGCUCCACAAUAACCUAUGCCGCCCGCCCUGAGCCAGGCUUUCCUGGUGGUUCUUUGGCAAAGAACCAACAUAAGGUUGUUGAGGCCGAGCAUGCAGAGGUAAUGGAAGAGAUCAGCUGUGAAGGGCUUGGUGAGGAAGAGUGCUUGAUGAGAAGGACACUUGCUGCUCACACCGAUUACAUCUAUACCCAGAAGAACAAUCCAUGAAGUACUGCUACAAUGGUCUUAUAUAUGUAUGGAUAUUGUGUCAAAGAGAAAUAUAUUUAUACUUUUGUUUGACAUCAUAUAGUAUGAUGUUUCCUUGGCUUAAAUGAUCGAUGAUAAAUAUUUGUUCAAA